ACUGGGAAGAUACCACAUUUCGAUUUGGAACCAGAUGAUGAUGUUACCUAUCCAAUAGAAUUCGACCAUGGACAAUACUAUGAGCCAGAAGUUAAUGAUUUCAUCAUUCCAAGUGAAAGUUGUUGCUGUUGUAGCAGCGGUGUUGAAGAACACAGUGGUACAUAUCCUUCUUUUACUCCUUCAUCUGUGUCUCCCAUAUCAAAUGUCACUAUUAAUGACAAAAUUCCCUUUUACGGCCAUCCCCUUUACUGCCAACAAGGUUUAGUGAGGGAAAAUGUCAAUUUAAGUGUGUGUGAAAAUGAAUGGAAACAAAAAAACGAUACAUAUUGCUUUGAGAUGGGACCUAUCUUCAAACUCUUGAUAUCUCUCUGUGCAAAUGACAUACCUUCUGAAAACUCCUUGAAAGACUUGAUGAAUUCCUUUGAAAACAUUUCUGACAGCCAUUCCCUCUGGGAUAUUGAAGGAAAGAAACAAAUUUUAACAACUUUGUCCUUGUUAAUGGAAGGAAUAAGUACAGUUGCCCUAUCAAUAACUUUUGCAGAAGGAGAACAGAAUGUGGAUCAAAACUCCAUGGGGAUCCAAACAAAUCUCAUCAGUCCAGAAUCCUUUGAAAACAAUGACGCACUCAAGUUAAAAGCUAAAGGAGAUCAAAUUGCCAUCCACCCAAGAGCAAUGGCAGUAACUGCCAUGAUCACAGAUCCAAUUGCUGUGGCUUUUAUAUCACAUGGUGGGUUGGAAUCACUCCUAGAAGAGACUUUACUGCAGAAUGGAACAUUCCAGGGCAAUGAAAUACUGAAAGAUGUUCACAUGAACUCUAGGCUAGUAAGCAUUUUCACCAGCAACCAGAUAACAAAUAUUUCUACCCCGGUUAAUCUCACCUUUCAGCAUCUCCAGAAUAAAGUGGCCCAGGAAAAGGUUCUCUGUGUCCACUUGAAUUCUGGGGCCUUGUCUGACCAUGGUUGCCAACGACUCUUUUCUAACAUCACCCAUACAGAAUGCAGCUGCCAAUAUCUGUCCAGUUUUGCUGUGCUGAUGGCCACAACUCAUAAACGAGGAGAUCUGAUCCUCACCAUUAUUAGCUUCCUUGGGUUGUCCAUCUCAAUCAUCUGUCUCUUCCUGUGUAUUGUCACAUUCCUCUUCUGCCGCUCCAGCCACAACAGCAGCACCUUCAUCCACCUACAACUGUGCAUCUGCCUGUUUUUUGCAGACCUCCUCUUCAUAAUUGGAAUAGAUAAAACUGGCAACAAGAUCCUGUGUUCGGUCAUAACUGGAAUUCUGAAGUAUCUUUUUUUGGCCUGCUUUGUCUGGAUGUUCUUGGAAGCUAUCAAUCUCUACCUCAUUGUCAGAAACUUGAAAGUUGCAAAUUACAGCGGGGCCAGCAAGUAUAUGAAGAUAUCUAUGUACCUCAUUGGUUAUGGGUUUCCUGUCCUGAUUGUAGCUAUUUCUGCAGCAAUUAAUCCUGGAGCCUUUGGGACACUUUAUCGCUGCUGGCUUAAUCCAAAUUUUAUCUGGAGUUUUACAGGACCUGUCUGUGUGAUAAUUGUGGUCAAUUUAGUGCUUUUCUGUCUUAUUCUGAAGAAUUUGCAUGAAAAACUGGCCUCUCUCAAUUCAGAGAUAUCUGCAGUCAGAAGUACCAGAUCACUGAUGUUUAAGGCCAUAGCCCAUGUGUUCAUCCUGGGUGUGACUUGGUGUUUUGGCCUCUUUCAAUAUGGCCAUUUGGAAGACGUUAUGGCAUACAUGUUCACCAUCUUCAACAGUGUACAGGGAAUCUUCAUUUUCCUGGUGCACUGCUUACUCAACCAAAAGGUAAGAGAAGCUUACUGGCAUUUGAUUUGUUGCACCAAAGACAUCAGACCUCCUGUUUCUGAGAUAACUAUGACGUCUGUUCCCAUCAGCAGUCCUUCGGAAAAUGAACCAUGUAAUGCAGAGCAUAACCAGAAGAUUGAAUGGGAAGAACCAUCAUAGCACACUGUCUCUCCUUUAGACUCUUUGUUCAGUUUGAAUGAAACUGAAGAAAACUGGGUUAUAUUCAGCCAUUUUUAAUUUUCUUUCCUUGCUGAUCUCUGGAGCCACAUUCUCUUCAAAUUAUAGUGGAGAACUUUUCCCCCCCAACCCAUUCCUUGUUUUAACUCACUUAACCAGAAAGAAAAUAUAGAGGGGGCAGGUUAUCUGCUUGCCACUAACUAUAAUAUCUAGUGGAUAUUUUGUUAAAUUAAAAACAAAGAGCCUUGAAUAACUGUAUAAUGCAGGAUGAAUUUAAAUGUCUUUUUCAUAUAUCUUGUAUUUAUUGUCAGUAUUUUUCCUAAUGGCUUCUUAUGCAUCUUUGUAGGUAGAGUAUUGGAUAAAAUGUUUUUAUUUCUCAAGUAGAUAUAGAUAAUGUUCUGCAAAUUAUUUAAAGAGGCAGUUUCACUUGUGGCAACACUGUAAACCAAGAGUCAUUCUUUGAACCAUCAAGUUAACUACCGUACAUCUUUCUCAAGAUAUGACUCUUUCCUGUGUUGGAAUAUUUAGAACACUCUUCUGCCAUGAUUUUGCUGGUUUUUGAGGAACAAUAUAUUGCUAAGACAUUGAAGUUAAGUGAUUUAUACUCCACAUAGGUAAACUUUAUUGUUUUGCUUUAUAAUAAGAACAAUACAUUAAGUAGUUGAAUUUAUAAUUUCACUGGCUGACAUUUGAUACAUGUAUUAUUUACUUCCUUCCCUUCCCUUUAUAUACUUUACAUUUGUAUGUUUGCUUUGUAUAUUCCCAGUGGUUAAGUCAAGAAAGUAUCUUGAGAUUUAUGGUCCAAAGCUCAUUGACACCAUA